GUAAAUAAUUGUUCUAAUCUACUACUUACAUUGAUUAAUUUUGAACUGUUUUUGGCUAGUAAGAAUUCAAUAUAUUUUGUGUUCACUAUCACAUUCAAAACUUCUCACAUGAUGAUUUGAAUCAUUUGAUGAUAAAGAAGUUAGAGAGAAUGAUUUCGACUUUUUAAAAAAACACUCUCUGCUUCCCUCCUUUAUGCAGACAAGAAAAAAGGAAACAAAAUUUAUGAAAGAGAGAUCUCCAUUAAAGAGAGAUACAAAUCUUGCAAUAGCAUUCUCACAUUCUUGCACCACUUAAAGGUUCAAAGAGUCUCUUGGAGAUUAGUGAAUCAAAUAGGAAGUCUCUUGUUAAGGAAAUGAGAAAGACUCUUCAUCAUCAUCUUCUUCUUCUUCUUCUUAAGGUCUCUGUUCUUGAGUUCCUUAUUAGUGCUUCUGCUUCUUCUCCUACACCUUAUUCACAGCCUUCUCCCUCUCCCGUUUACACUUCCAUGGCUUCCUUCUCUCCAGGGAUCCAAAUGGGUAGAGGCCAAGAACACAAGUUAGAUGCACACAAGAAACUUUUAAUCUCUCUCAUAGUCACCUCAGCUUCUCUAGGACUAAUACUUCUAUGUUGUUUAUGCUUUUGGGUUUGUCGGUCUAAGAAAUCUCCCAAAACCACCAAGAACUCAGACGGUGAGAGUGGGAUUUCAUUAUCCAAGAAGGGUUUUGUGCAGUCCUUCGAUUACAAGACACUAGAAAAAGCGACAGGCGGUUUCAAAGAAAGUAAUCUUGUAGGAAGAGGCGGAUUCGGAUAUGUUUACAAGGCCUCUUUAGGCAACAACACUCUAGCAGCAGUAAAAAAGAUCGAGAACGUUAGUCAAGAGGCAAAACGAGAGUUUCAGAACGAAGUUGAUUUUUUAAGCAAGAUUCACCACCCGAACAUCAUCUCAUUGUUGGGAUAUGGAAGUGAAAUCAGCUCGAGUUUUAUCGUAUACGAGCUCAUGCAAAACGGAUCCUUGGAUGCUCAGUUACACGGACCUUCUCGGGGAUCGGCUUUAACAUGGCACAUGCGGAUGAAGAUUGCUCUUGAUACAGCAAGAGCUGUUGAGUAUCUCCACGAGCGGUGUCGUCCUCCUGUUAUUCACAGAGAUCUUAAAUCGUCAAACAUUCUCCUUGAUUCUUCCUUCAACGCCAAGAUUUCGGAUUUUGGUCUCGCGGUAAUGGUUGGGGCUCACGGCAAGAACAACAUUAAACUAUCAGGGACACUUGGUUAUGUUGCUCCAGAAUAUCUCCUAGAUGGAAAAUUAACGGAUAAAAGUGAUGUUUACGCAUUCGGGGUGGUUCUACUUGAACUCUUGCUAGGAAGACGGCCGGUUGAGAAAUUGAGUUCGGUUCAGUGCCAAUCUCUUGUCACUUGGGCAAUGCCUCAACUUACAGAUAGAUCAAAGCUUCCCAAAAUAGUGGAUCCGGUUAUCAAAGAUACAAUGGAUCAUAAGCACUUAUACCAGGUAGCAGCCGUGGCAGUACUUUGCGUACAGCCAGAACCAAGUUACCGACCGUUGAUAACCGAUGUUCUUCACUCACUUGUUCCACUGGUUCCGGUAGAGCUAGGAGGCACUCUCCGGUUAACACCACCAUCCUCUUAAAGAAAUUAAUAUUUUGUUUGCUUUUUUUUUUUGUUUUUUUGUGGGAUUUUAGAGAGUCGAUUGGGGUAGAAAUGUGAGCACAGAAACUUCAAAAUUAUUGUAUUUGUAAAUUUCUUAUAUAAAUAAAUUGUGUUGUCAA